UACAAUCAAUAACAACUAUGGCAGUUCAAACAGAUUUACUAAAUUAGUUAAAUUUCGUGUUAGUUUUAGAUUUUUGACUUAUCAAACGACUUUCACGAAUAUUCAAACAAGCAUUCAUUAAGACGCAGUUUGGUAAAUGAGCGCUGCGGCAUGUUUCGGUAUUAUAAAAACAUGCAAUCUGGCCACUCUGUAGCAUUGGCAGAGGAAAACAUUCAACUGUCACUGUCAAAUUACACGAACAAGGAAAAAAAGUAUUCUACUAUUUGCAAAAGUGUUGUUUUUCUUUUUAAUAAAAACCGAAUCAUUCCUAGCGAUGAAAAGGCAAGCCAAAAAUCGACUGAUGGAUCGAAUGCAUCGAGGCGUCGUCUACACCUGCAUGGGCCUAACGCUUUGGGGCACUUACAAGCUGGGAAUGGGCUUGUAUCGCCAUUUCACCGUCAUUAAACCGGCGUACAAAGCCGAAGAGCUCCGCAUGCUGGAAGCUGGUGCAGGCACCGGUCCGGACGUUUCACAGACCAGAGAUGCGGCGCCAACGUUGCGGACCUAGUCCGCUAGGGUAUAAUUUAAGUUGGUACGAUGUGAUGCUUAGGGAUUUAAAGUAAAUAAAUUAUGUAACAAUUCA